AAAAAAAAAAAACCAACACAAAAGUCUUAUUUCGGAGUUGGCUGUAGAAAACUAAAAACAAAUAAGAGCGACUGAUUAAAACAAUCACAGCCAUACAUAUAGAUUCCUCCAUUAUCAAAAUAGAUGCACAUAGUUUGACUUGCUUAUUGCUAAUUAGAUAUUUAGUAUAUUCCGUCACCAGAAAGAAACCGUCCUCUGCACUGUUCACAGCUUCACUAUAUAUAUCCCAAACAAGAUAUAUGUCCAAAAACAGUUGAGCAGAGAGAGAGAGAGAGAAGAUAGAGAGAGAAAGUAACAGAAAAUAUAAUGGCUUCUUCUCCCACAACUUGCUCACCUUUCCCAUUCUCCGAAAAGUAUUACCAUGUCGUUGACGGCGUCUGUAAGAAACAAGCCAGUUUCUUCGGAGAAGACCCCGUGCUCAAUCAAGCUGUCGGAUAUGCCGUCAUUCUCGGUUUCGGAGCUUUUUUCGCCGUCUUUACCUCUUUCCUGGUGUGGCUGGAAACGAGAUACGUGGGCUCUGUCCACACGUCGGAAUGGUUCAACACGGCAGGUAGAAAUGUCAAGACAGGGCUAAUUGCCAGUGUGAUCGUCUCCCAGUGGACUUGGGCUGCUACAAUCUUGCAAAGCUCCAACGUCGCAUGGCAAUACGGAAUCAGCGGCCCUUUCUGGUACGCAAGUGGCGCCACAAUCCAGGUGCUCUUAUUUGGUGUAAUCGCCAUUGAGAUCAAACGAAAAGCGCCCCACGCUCACACCGUCUGCGAAAUUGUGAAAGCAAGAUGGGGAACUCAUGCUCAUAUAGUCUUUCUAACGUUCUGCUUCAUGACGAACGUAAUCGUAACUGCCAUGCUUCUUCUCGGCGGGUCCGCAGUGGUGACUGCUCUGACCGGAGUCAACAUCUACGCCGCCAGUUUUCUCAUUCCUCUCGGUGUUAUAGUCUACACACUUGCCGGAGGGCUAAAAGCCACCUUCUUGGCAAGUUACAUCCAUUCCGUUAUAGUACACGUGGUUUUGGUCAUCUUCGUGUACUUAGUCUACGCAUCGAACAGUGAACUUGGCAGCCCGACCGUCGUGUACAAUCGUUUGCUCCAGGUCGCCAGCAAAGCACGAGUAGACUGCCUUCCUGGCCACACCCAAUCGUGCGGGCCUAUUAACGGCAACCAUAAAGGAUCCUACAUCACAAUGUUGAGUUCCGGAGGUCUUGUCUUUGGCAUUAUCAACAUUGUCGGCAAUUUCGGUACCGUUUUCGUUGACAACGGGUAUUGGGUGAGUGCAAUUGCUGCAAGACCAUCAUCAACACACAAGGGGUAUUUGUUAGGAGGAUUGGUAUGGUUUGCUGUGCCAUUCUCUCUGGCAACAUCACUCGGUAUUGGAGCAUUAGCGCUCGAUUUACCAAUUACUGCAGAUGAAGCGGCGCGUGGGCUUGUACCUCCGGCAACCGCCAUUGCUUUGAUGGGGAAAGCAGGCUCUGUUCUUCUUCUAACCAUGCUUUUCAUGGCUGUGACGUCAGCCGGUUCGUCGGAGCUGAUAGCGGUUUCGUCGCUGUGCACGUACGACAUCUACAGAACGUACGUCAACCCGGCGGCCACCGGAAAGCAGAUCCUGAAGGUGUCGAGGGCGGUGAUCCUAGGGUUCGGCUGCUUCAUGGGGAUCCUCGCCGUGAUUCUGAACAAGGCCACCGUUUCCCUGGGGUGGAUGUACCUGGCGAUGGGGGUGUUCAUCGGCUCCGCCGUGAUGCCGAUCGCGUUCAUGCUCCUGUGGAGGAAGGCGAACGCGACGGGGGCGAUCCUCGGCUGCAUCACCGGCUGCGUCUGCGGGAUCGUGACGUGGCUGACGACGACUCAGGUGAUUUACGGCCGGGUGAACCUCGACACCACCGGAAGGAACGCGCCGAUGCUCGCCGGAAACCUAGUCUCCAUACUCAUCGGCGGCGCCGUCCAUGCGGUGUGCAGCUUCAUCUCGCCGCAGAACUACGAUUGGGAGAGCACCAAACAGAUCACGGUGGUUGAUAAGGACAGCAGCGAUUUGCCGGAGGAGGAAUUCAAGGAGGAGAAGCUGAACGCAGCCAAGAGAUGGAUCAUCAAAUGGGGGCUUGGAUUCACUCUCGUCAUUGUCAUUUUGUGGCCUGCUCUAACAGUUCCCGCCGGGCAAUUCAACAAGGGGUACUUCACAUUUUGGGCGGUGAUAGCGGUGGCGUGGGGUACAGUGGCGUCGGCGGUGAUCAUUGCUUUGCCGUUGAUAGAAAGCCGGGAGACUAUAGUGAGUGUGAUUGUUGGAAUGUGCAAAAGCACUCUUGGUCUUUUUGGUUUGUGCAAGGGUGAAGAGGAUAAAACAAUCACUUAAUUGUUUGUGUUGUGAUUAUUUUGUUUGAUUGAUUAAUGUGUGUGUGCUUGUUUGUUGUUGAUUAUGUAAAUAAUAAAGAAAUGGGGGCUUUCUUUAAUUACUUUUGGAUUUUCAAUUUUUUGUUUUUGGCCCCCCUAAAGAUUUUAUAGUGGUGAAAUAUAUAUCACAAAUUAUUUGUGGAAAUUUGUUUUGAGUUCAACAAGAUUUGUAGAGUUCUGAGAAUGUAAUGUAAUGAAGUGGUGUUCAUUUUAGUGGAUAUGAUUUGUUUUUCUA